AACAAUUGGGAGGAAGAAGAAACCGCGGGGAGAUUAAAUUAGCCGAAGAGCGAGCGUUCAAAUACAUUCCCCCUCAGAAGAAAAAAAAUGCUUCUCCCGCAUUUUAAUAUAUAAAACAAUCCUCCUUUUCCCUCUCUCCCUUACUCCUCUUUCUCUCUCCCUUUCUUCCCCUUGUGACUCUCACUCUCUCCAAUGUCGCUUCCUCUUCCUCUUUAAUCCCUACUCCUUUAUCCAUCUCUAGAAAUCUUUUCUCCUGCCAUCUUAUAAUCUACAGCUUUGCUUCCCUCUCCGAAGUCUCCUCUCUUCUAUCACGUCUCCUCUUGUUGUUGGGACUUUUGGUCUGUUUUUCAACAAGAUAAUGGUGGCUCGCUCGCUGCGUUCCCGGGAUUCCCCUCAGAAUUCUUUGCCGGACACUGGAAAUCACCUUUUAAAUGCUUCUCGAGCUGAGACGCUUGCUUCGGAAGAGAAAGGGAUGGAAAACGGGAAGAGUGAGGGUUUGCCGGGGAGGCGAACGAGUCGGAGGAUACAAGACAAGCAGAGAGCGGAGAAGCAGCUGGUUCAGAAACGAGUCCAGGUUGUGGGCGAUGAUGGUGGGAGUAAGAAGAAGAGAGCCACUGAGAGGAGUAGGGGGAAACAAAGUCCGAAAAAGGAUGAUGCUGCGAUCGGACUAGCGGGUUCGGAGGUUUUGGAAUCACGUGACAGGGAAGAGAGUGAGGAGGGUGGAUCGCUGAAAGCGGAAUCUAGUGGAGGUGAAAAUAGAGUAGUCGAGCAGGGCAAUGCAGCUAAUUUGGUGGAGACUGGCCCGCAUGCUAAAGUGAAAAAAACCCUCAGGCUGUUCAACAAAUAUUAUCUGCAUUUGAUUCAGGACGAGGAAAUGAGAUGUAAAAAGGCCGAAGCUGAUAAGAAAAGCAAGACCAAAGCUAAGAAAAGAAAAUCUAAGGAUAAGGUUGUGGCUGAAGAUAUUGUCAAGGCAAAGGCAAAGCGACCUGAUUUGAAGGCAAUAUCUAAGAUGCUGGAGGCUGGGGAAAUAUUGCAUCCUAAAAAAAUGAUAGGAAAUCUUCCAGGUAUUGAAGUUGGGCAUCAGUUUUAUUCACGAGCUGAAAUGGUUGCUGUUGGUUUCCAUAGUCAUUGGCUUAAUGGAAUUGACUAUAUGGGCCAAUCUUACAAGAAACAGUACAGUAGCCAUACGUUUCCAGUUGCAGUUUCCAUAGUUUUGUCUGGCAUGUAUGAAGAUGAUUUGGAUAAUGCUGAUGAGGUUGUGUAUACUGGCCAAGGUGGACAUAACUUAACAGGUGAUAAACGUCAAGUCCGUGAUCAAGAAUUGAGUCGUGGCAAUAUGGCAUUGAAGAAUUCUAUGGAGCAAGAUGUUCCUGUUAGAGUAACUCGUGGUCAUGAAUCUUCUAGCAGUUAUAGUGGCAAGGUUUACACUUAUGACGGCUUAUACAAGGUGAUUUCUUGAGCACUUUUUGUUUUAUUUAUUU